GGGACCCAACGAUGGAGGGGUCGAUAUACGUUCAUCUAUUUGUGCGCAAUUUAAUGAUAUCCCAUUGGCUUUUCAGUGCAAAAAUUGGGAUGAUCAAAUAGGACCCCACGUCGUCCGUGAGCUUAGAGGUGUCGUAUGUGAAGAACGGCCAGGAACGAUCGGUAUCCUGGUGGGUCCCUGUGUAGAAGAUUUUUCGAGUGAUGCAGUGGAUACGGCACGAACAUCUAGUUAUCCCAUAAUUUUAACCGAUAAAUCUCAUCUCCCUAUAAUUCUCCUUAAUCUCGCUAUUGACAUCAGUUUACGUAGACCUUUCGAUUUUUCUUUUUAUUACGACCUUAUAACUAACCAUUAA